CAUAUUACAUAUUAUGGUGCAAUCAUAAACAUCUAUAUAUAUAGGCCUAGGCAUUUCGUCUUGUAAAACAUCAGUGAAAACUUGACAUCGUGGACGGUACUCUUGUUGGAGAUAUUCUAUACAUAGGGUAACAACAGUCUUCACAAGAUGGUUCUAAGGAAGGGAAAACAUGGUGUGACUAGUGGAAGUAGCAUCUGUUCUUAUUGUAACUCCAGGGACAGAAGAUGUUGGGACGGCUUUGUGUUAAAGUUUCUCCUCAAUGACAGAGAUGGUAAUGAGGAUGCAGCCAUGUUAUUAAACCAACACCUGUCUGAUGGUGACCUGACUCUGAUGAAAAGUGACAUGUAUUUCUCAUGGGGUAUUGUGAAAUACUCAUUAAAUAAGCGUAAAAGAUGGACACUUCCACAGCAGAUAAUUGAUGUUAUUGACAACGGAGAUCUGGACAAAGAAAAUUACAGACUUGUCAUGCAUAAGCGUGUCAACCAGUCAAAUGUAUUGGGAUAUUCGCGUUAUCAUUACGACACAAUGUCUUACCAUGAUUCCAAAUAUGGUGUCCAUCACAGUCAUCCAAAAAAAUCCUUAUCUUCGAUGUCUGAUCUGAAACUAAACUGUCACAGAAAACAACAGAAAUCAGAGUUAGCAAAGAUUACAUCCAUGCAGAAAUUACGCAAAUGCAGAAAGAAACCACACUUUCGAGGAAUUCAACGAAAAGCAGUACCCCAACCAAAAGAAAAACCACCAAGAAUCAACAUCAGAGAGGUUCUAAAUGGUGAUUUCCAUCAGGCACCUGUGCCCGAGGUCCGAUAUGAGAUUGGCUCUCCAAUAAUGACCUGCAAUUAUUGUUCACAUCACUAUUACAAUGAAUGGGAUAAGAUGACACAUAUCAAAGGCAAGGGAUGGUGUGCAAAACCAAACGCUCAGUGGUAUUAUAAAAACAUCACCAGUUCAGACCAAAAGUUGUACCAGAAAGGUUACAUUGAUGAUGAGGAACUGUCCUGUUUUGAGAAGGAGGAUUUAGACUGCCUCGACGAGGAGGCAAGUCAGUACCUCUAUGCUGAUCCUGUCCAAAUAACAUUAGCAGACUUUUGUCGAACACCUAGCAAAAGACAAGAACAAACUGUCACUCCGUGUAGUCAUGGCAACACAACUCCUAACACAGCUUCAAAGCACACAUCUAGAGCAUACUUUGGGAAAAAUAAAGUUAUCUAUGUUGAACUUCCAAGCAAUGGAUCAGAAGAGGAGGAAAUGAAGGAGGAGGAGGUGGAAGAGGUGGAGGAUUCUGGUAAAUUGGUGGUGAUGACAACUGCUGCUUGGGACAAGGCAGACUUUGACAGUGACUGUUAUCAUUGUGUCAUUCAGAAGGGCAGUAUUGAGAGGUACAGAUUGACACAUCCUGGGGACUUCCAUCUUGGAAAUUGUGCUCCUCCUAUGAUGAUGGUUACUCUUACAGCAGUGGCAUCUCAGGGAAACUUGGUUCUUUGGCAACAGUCUGAAUGGUCGCCAGUCUCAAGUCAAGAUCCAGAAUAUUGGGUCAAAGUUCAAAGUCAGUCAGAACGGGUGAAUAUGAAGUUACUGUCCAUGUCACUACAGAACGGUCUUCAGAGAGACAGAGUUUAUACCAUCCAGGAGAUGAUUAUAUUUGUUGAAACUCUACUCAAUCAAUCUACACAACAUCAAAGCUGUGUCCAAGACAGAAAAAAUGACAACAUGCAUACUGGUCAGCUAGCUGCCACUCUAUGUGGGUCAGUCGUAGAGUUAAGGACAGUGGAUGAGGCUUAUAAAACAUUGGUCAGUACAGAAGACACAAAGACAGACACUGUGACUCCAGACAUGAUUGAUCUAUUGUCCAAUUAUGAUGUUGUGUCUAAUGACUUGUCACCUUUGAUGGAGUCUGGAUUAUGUGAGACAUGCCUCUGUCAGUCGGAAGUCCCAUACACCGAAGGCUGUGUGUUGAUGCCGUGUGGCCAUUACUUCUGUGUUGAAUGUUGGAGACAAUAUAUUUGGGAGAGAAUCCGAGCUGGGGCUCACAAGAUAAUUUGCCAGAGAUACCUGUGUGACUGUGAGGUAGAUGAGGUGAUGGUGAGAUGCCUCCUGCCCUCUGAUGUGGCCACAAGGUGGAUAUACAGAAAAAUGGAGACCUUAGUUGAAAGUUCACAGAAGUGGAACUGGUGUCCAGGAGCCUCUUGUCAUAAAGUGGCUAAACUAGCCAGUCCAGGUAAAAGUUUUUCGCCUGUGCUGUGUAGCUGUGGAAAGACUUGGUGUUUCUCCUGUGUCUCUGACAUCCACUGGCCAGCAACAUGUGACCAAUACUCUGCCUACAAAAAGAUGCUUUUACAAAAUGGUGACGAUGGAAGAUGGACUCCUGUGGAAACAAUGACUUAUUAUGUGAAAGUAAAGCGCUGUCCUAAAUGUAUGUACCCUAUGGAGAAGAAUGGCGGCUGUUCCCAAAUCAGGUGUAAAUGUUCGCACAGUUUCUGUUGGGAAUGUCUCGGGGACUGGAACUUACACAUCAGUACUCGCAUGUUAUCGUGUACUAAAAACAAAAAGGACAAGGUGACAAUGGCGCUUGAGAACCACAUAAAGUAUGCAUUUCCUAUUAAAAUGUACAAGAAGAGUGUGGAGCACAGACACAGAUGGAAAAGGAUAUUUCAUGUAGAAAGUGUUGAAGCCAGAGCUAAAUCCUAUGCACUAAAAGCCAUGAAAGGGAAGCUGAUGAAAAACAGAGAAAUUAUGGACAAAGAAAUAUACGCUCAAGUUAAAUCUUCCCUCAUGUUCCACAGAGAGGUACAUAUGGUCCUGGAGAACAUACUUGUCAUGUUGUCUAAUGCCACACACAAGUCGGGGAUCAGGAGCCAGGUCAGCCUCAUACUGGACAGACUCAUCUUCAGUGCAGGCCGCCUGGACCAGAUUUUUGACAGCACUCAUUUGACAGAGAACCACUUGAUGAGGAUAAGUCGCCUUCAGACGUCCAUCAGAUGUAACUUGACAACGAUGGCUUUAUAUGUCCCCUGGAUACAACAACAGAUCUCCAAGUCAAAACAAGCUGUUCUCAACAAACCCAUCAACACAUUUACAAGCUUCUAUUGAAAUUCAAAGGGUAAAGAUGACCAUAACAACCCCGUGCUGGGUCGUCUUUACCCUUUGACUACUCUACUUUACGGCGGGACUCUUGUAUUCCUUGUGGAAUCUGUCAGCUGGGUAACACAGAACCACCCUGAACUUUUUACAUGGAUGUUGGAUCUCCCACAUUCCUGUAUAUUCUAUUGAAAUUGUUUAUGAAACUUUGUUAAAAUGUUGUUGAAAGAGUGUAAAAGAAUGACAAAUUUAGCUAGUACCUACAUCAUACAGACAUUACUGGCAUUUUAUAAUUGUUUGAAUGUAAUGAAUUACAUUACCAUUGCAUGUAAUUAACUCUACCUUCAGUUACACAUUACAUGUAAUUACUUGGGAAAAUGUAAUGCAUAACCAUUACACAAUGUACAUAUAUAAUUACCCCAUGCCUGCCUACAUGUUAAAUACUGUCUCUGCCACUCACAUGACAGCUAGAUAAUUUUGCUCAUAGUUAUUAAUCAGAGGUUUGAUUCUUGUCCUGGUUUUCAGUGGAAAUGUUUUCACAAUUGUCAGUUAUCAGACAUGAUAUAACAGUAAGUGGAGCUGUGUGGUGAUACAUUCUCAUCACUACAUGGUGUCUACUCACACUUCCUUUGUGAUAUCACCAACAAAAACAACUUUUAUUCAACAUGUGUUUGUCUUAGAUUUCAAGUCAGUUUGAGAGAAUGAUUUCAUAAAUAUGUUUAGGCCGCCAUACGGAGACGGAUUGAAAAAGUUGAAAAACUUAUUUCUGAAUCCAGUUUAGUUUGUAUGUUAUUGGUGUAUCAUGUUGUGUACCUGGGUAUGUUGUAUCAUUAGAAUUAUUUACAGUUUGUAUGUUAUUGGUGUAUCAUGUUGUGUACCUGGGUAUGUUGUAUCAUUAGAAUUAUUUACAGUUUGUAUGUUAUUGGUGUAUCAUGUUGUGUACCUGGGUAUGUUGAAUCAUUAGAAUUAUUUACAGUUUGUAUGUAUACAUAAGACUGGCCUUACAAAUCACACAUGGAAUUCACAGCCUUACACAUUACAUUUCUGUUGUGAAAAAAUCAUAUGCAACAAUUAAAAAAAACAACUUAGAUUAUAUAACUCUACUGUAGAGCUUAUACAUCAAAUGUGACAGAAAGGAUAUCAACUUAUCACUGUUAUUGGCCUGGAUGGAAGCACAUAAGGGGCCGUACUGAUGGAGGAAACUGGGGAACCCAGGAUAGACCCCGGGGGUUAGGCCUGGAUGGAAGCACAUAAGGGGUCAUACCGAUGGAGGAAACUGGGGAACCCAGGACAAACCCCGGGGGUGAGGCAGGUGAAUCAGAGUGUCCAAUCAUAGUUGCCUAGAUGUGAUAAGUUUAUGUUCACAUCAAGUAGUUUUAAAAGGUUGUUAUUAUUUCAAUAUCUGUUUUCUCUGCCAAUGUUUAUAUUGUAGGUGAGAUUAUUUCAAUAUCUGUUUUCUCUGCCAAUGUUUACAUUGUAGGUGAGGUUAUUUCAAUAUCUGUUUUCUCUGCCAAUGUUUACAUUGCAGGUGAGAUUAUUUCAAUAUCUGUUUUCUCUGCCAAUGUUUACAUUGUAGGUGAGGUUAUUUCAAUAUCUGUUUUCUCUGCCAAUGUUUACAUUGUAGGUGAGGUUAUUUCAAUAUCUGUUUUCUCUGCCAAUGUUUACAUUGUAGGUGAGGUUAUUUCAAUAUCUGUUUUCUCUGCCAAUGUUUACAUUGCAGGUGAGAUUAUUUCAAUAUCUGUUUUCUCUGCCAAAAAUUAAUGUUUACAUUGCAGAUGAGAUUAUUUCAAUAUCUGUUUUCUCUGCCAAUUUUAGUUUGAUGUAUUUCUGAUGAGAUUAUGAAUAGAAUUAUUGGAUUGA